AUGUUCAAAGGUCAGAUGAUGAAUGGAUUUGAGAUGAGUGACCUUGGACUCCUCACUUAUGUUUGGGGAACUGAGUUCAAAGUGACUCAAUAUGGUGUAGUGAUGUAUCAAUCUAAAUAUGCAAAAGAUCCAUUGAAAAGGUUCAAUAUGCUACAAAGCAAUCCAAUAGGAACACUAGUUGAAGUUGGACUUGUGUUAAAGAAUGAUACAGAUGAAUAUCUGGUUGAUCCUACUUAUUAUAGAAAGAUAGUUGGAUGCUUGAGAUAUUUGUGCAAUACAAGGCCUAAUCUCAGCUUCAGUAGAUUCAUGCAAGAGCCAAAGCAGUCUCACUUGUUAGUUGUAAAGAGGAUACUAAGAUAUGUGCAAGGGACAGUGGACUUUGGAAUCCUAUUUCCAAAGGCUGAGGUUGGUAUAGAACUAGAAUUGGUUAGAUAUUCUUAUUCAGAUUGA